GAAGGUAUGUGAACGUUGCAAGAGGAGUCAAAUAAAAGUACUGCCAAGGAGAACUUGUCUAUCAGUUCUGAUGAUAAUCCUGUUCUCCCCUGCACCGGGCGGCCCGCAAUCCAGCCACACUGUGGCUGUAGCUGCUACGCCCACGCAACUCGCUGGCGCUGUAAUCAUUACACCAGUCUAUUAAUGCGCAUACACUGCGGAACCUGAACCCACGGCACAUUUUUAUAUUCAGCGAUGACUAUAGCGAUGACUGCAAGGCUCCACAGAUAUCAGACUGAGGAUCGUCCAUGGCAGAUUAUAUGACUUCGCAGCUGGGGCCCUCACUCGUUUCGCUCGUGCUUUCCGGCAUCCCAUGUGGAUGUUCACUGGUGCAGACCUACGUGUACUAUAAGCUAUUUCCAAAAGACAGCUGGAAAAUCAGGACUCUGGUCGCAUUUGAGAUGACCCUCCAAAUCGUACACUUGGCAUCCCUCCUCCUGGGCGUGUGGCAGACGGUGAUGACCCAUUAUGCUCAGCGCCCACGAAUACUCGUCGUUGCAAUGGCCGCCGUUAUUAGUACAGUGUUCAGCGGACCUAUCGCAUUCUGUACACAGGCCUUUUUUGUGUUCAGACUAUACAGUUUCACGCACAAGAAAGCUCUCCCCCUCUUCUGUUCCUUCCUUGUCGUGAUUCGGUUUGUGCUCACCCUGGCGGCUAGCAUUUCCACAAUCAUGGCCAACGGAUUGUCACCUCAGCCGUGGAAAUGGUUUAUCGUGUGCCUGCUGUUCACCACAGUAUGUGCUGACACAACCAUCGCGGUGUCGAUGAGUUACUACUUGAAGGCGAGUGAGCCUGGCUCUCGUCAAACUUCACGUGUGGUAGAUCGGAUGGUUCUCUACAUCGCGGCAACGGGCAUAAUAACCAGUAUAUCUGCACUUGCUUCUGGCAUAUCUUUCUUGGUCGCGCCUGGCGUCUAUAUUUGGCUGGGAUUCUUCAUCGUCGGGUCUGGCUUGUACACCAACUCAUUGUUAGCAGCACUGAAUGCCCGUGCCAAAUUCUCUCACGAACCGCAGCACCCAGGGUCAGGAGACGGCUUAGAAGUGUCGUUGAGUAGACCCGUCGUACUAGACCACCAGACACCUGUUCAAGGACAGACGAUCGUUUGCACUGUUCGCAAGGAAACCCUGGCGGCUGAUAAUGAGGAGUGUGAAGAGUUCGAAGGCGUUUCUAGACCUUGGAUGUAAAAGAUUUUCAUUUCGAACAGUACGGCAACAUUUACAUCCGUACCAAUCUUGGGGAAACCAAAUUUGGAGUAUAGCCAGUCCCUUUUCCCAUUCUUCAGAACUUUCUAUCUUCCUCAAGUUUGUGCUUUACUUAAGUAUUCGGUCUCGGCCUAAACGAACAGUCAUCCAUGUGGUACUGCUGGUCGAGAAAGUCGGAUUUCGCUUGUUUUGGACCCACAACUUUUUCAUACACACUAGUUUACCUCUGACCUGUGCAUAUAAAAUCCGAUUCGGAAAACCAAGGUGCUGCACGAGA